CUAGAAAAUUAUGUAUUUGUUAGCAUAAACACCCUCUCACAAGAGUCAAGUCUCAACAGUAAAACAAAAAAGCUCCUAAAUCCUAAUCGUAAUUAGUGAUUACCCAAUUUCCAGUCUACAAAACGGUGCGUUUCAAUGUCGAUUUGGGAAUGCCAUCAGAGUUGACGGCUGAUGAUGUGUCAAAAUAACAGACAAGGAAGCAUCUUCUGAAUUCUGAAAUCGCUUGGAGCGAAGCGAAAGUCGGAAAUGGCGACGGCAGCGUUGGGAAUGCAGAAGCUACUGCAAGUCGGCACGAAGAUCGUCGGCGUCGGCCGCAACUACGCCGCUCACGCCAAAGAACUCGGCAACGCCGUCCCCAAGGAGCCGGUGCUGUUCCUGAAACCUACAUCCUCCUACUUGGACAACGGAGGCACGAUCUUGAUCCCGCAUCCUCUCGAAUCGCUGCAUCACGAGGUGGAGCUCGCCGUCGUCAUCGGCAAGAAAGCUCGCGAUGUGCCGGAGGCUUCCGCCAUGGAUUACAUUGGAGGUUAUGCUCUUGCGCUGGAUAUGACUGCAAGAGAAAUCCAAGCUUCUGCCAAGUCAGCAGGACUUCCAUGGACUGUAGCCAAGGGGCAGGAUACAUUCACACCUAUCAGUUCCAUUUUCCCCAAGUCAGCUGUACCUGAUCCUGAUAACUUGGAGCUAUGGUUGAAGGUUGACGACGAGAUAAGACAGAAAGGGCCCACAAAGGAUAUGAUAUUUAAGAUCCCAUUUCUCAUCAGCUACAUAAGUGCAAUCAUGACCCUUUUCGAGGGAGAUGUCAUUUUAACAGGCACUCCUCCAGGUGUUAGCCCAGUGAAACCAGGUCAGAAGGUAACUGCUGGAAUAACGGGUCUAGUUGAUGUCCAGUUCAACUGCGAGAAACGCAAGAGGCCCGGAAAUUGAUCACCAUCACCUCUCCUCCAUAGUGUCUGUCUGGCAGGCAAAUUGCUGCCUGCUCUGUCAAGUAUGUCUCUUCUGCAGCAUCUUGAAUCUCUAGAGAAGAACAGUGUGGGUGAAUUUCCAACCUGAGAAGAUGUUUGAAUCAUAGAACAUCCACACAAUAAACAGGGAAAGAACCAUGGUGAAAGCCUUGAUCAUGAAGCAAAUAUCUUCCUAAUUUAGUUCACAUCGGAUACGAUUGCAGACGAUGGCUAAACUAUGGCCGUCAAAUUAGCUACAUUUGCAAAGUCUGGAACAUAAGAACAAUCAUUCAUCAUUUGCUUGUAUAACAAGAAAAACGAACGUAUUGUAUUGUCUGUCGAUGAAUCGUUUGCUCUGUGUAAUAACCUUAUUCGUCUACCAUUUUGGGAGGAUAAAACCAGAACUUGCGAAUGAAGUCGACGAUGUGGUUGCUGCGAAGAAAUGGCCGACGCCUUCCAUCACAACCCGUUCCUUGGAGGAAGAGGAUCCUGGGCUCGCUGGCUGGGUCUGACUCAGCCCGUCCAUGUAGCAGGAAGAAUGUUUGGACGCUGAGAAAAUGCUGGUGAUCACGAGCAAGAAUGGGCAUUAUAAUAGCCGUCAACAGCUAGUAUCACUACUUUCCGAUGAAGAAACUCGAUGCCGGACGGCAUCUCCAAUUUUUUCAGGUACAAUUGAUAAGGACCUGCUAACUCGGUUCUCUGUGGCAAAGUUUGCGAUUAUUAGGCGGAAUCAGAACGUGGGUCACGAAAGCAAUUGAUCAAUGUUUCCUUGCAAAAGGGGAUUAGAAGAAGAGAUUUCUGUGAACACAUGUAGAUUCCUUUAUUUAUAUGCAAUACUUUGCUUGCAAGUAAAGACAUAUCACAUUC